GCAUUGCUAAUAAUAUCGACUUACUAAGUUUAGCCCACGGGUUCUCAGCAAGCCGGUAUAAAUAUGAGCCACCGGCACCAUCAGAAUCACAAGUACUUCUAUGAUAAUUGAAGACAAGACAAGAGAAAGCAGCACGGACGAUCCUCCAGCAGCACCUUGAAAAUUCAAGACAGUUUGACAAACAAGUACAACUUUUUUCCACGUCCAUAAAACGCAAGUCCUGUAGACUAACGUUAAACAGAAGAUUGCCGGGAGCCAGUCGCCGCAUAGGCGAAACAGCUAUCAAGACGUGAGUGCAGCUUGUCUCAGUGUCUCACAACAAGACAAUCCUGAACAGAAAUGAGUCUGACAAUGUUUGGGGGCGACCAGGAACAGGUGUGCCUAAGCUUUCAGCACCCUGGGCAGAACAGCUCCUUUUGUGAGUCAACAACAUCAGCUGAGAUAGAAGAAAGCGUUUUUAUUUUUGAUGAUCUGGUUCUACUCGUCCCUUGGAUACCUCAUUUUUUCCUCUGGGCAGUCGCUCCACUGUAUCUCAUCUACUUCCUGUCACCUGGGAAGACUACCAGUCCCAUUGGAAAACUCGGAAAGAUGAAGAUGUCCGGCACUUUGUUUAUGGCCACCGUCUCCGCUGUGCAACUUACAAGAAUGAGCAAUAUCAAGGUAAUGCUGGACAGCCUUAGUGGUCACUACUGCUGCCACUGGGCGAGGCUGGCCUCUUUGAUGCUGACCACAAAGCUAACGACAAUUGAGAGACAACGAGGCACCCACUACUCCUUUCCUCUCUUCGUGUUCUGGGCUCUAAUGUUGGUUUCUGAUUCGAUGUCCUUCAUCCAAGAUGUCAGCUCCGAACUUUAUCUCCGUGAUCCCUUUACCUUUGUGCUGUCUGCUUGCUUCGUUAUCGGAGCUCUGAUCCAGUUUGUAAUCUCCUCUCUGCCCGACUCGAGAGUUCCAGCACCGGAUGCCCACCCAGAAGAACUGACUUCUCUCCCCGGAAAACUCACUCUGAACUGGAUCACUGGCAUAGUCUGGCGUGGUUACAGAAAUGGUCUAAAAGAAGAAGACGUGCCUCGCAUGGCAGCACAUGACAGAUGUCAGACUCUAUCCCCAGCUUUUGAAAAGACUUGGGACAAAGAGGUGGCUGUUCUUCAAUCACGCCAAGGUACAGAGACCGAGCAGACUGAUGCAUUGAAGGAUGGAAAGUGUCAGAAAGAAGUACAACCCCCUAAGGUAAAUCUUCUAAAGGUUCUGCUAAAACGAUUUGGUACUGAAUAUUUGACUUAUCAAUCCAUCAAACUAUUCUUCGAACUUACCAUGUUUGUGGAGCCACUGUUGAUGGGCUGUUUGCUGACACACUUUCAGCACAGAGACACGGAACCAGCCUGGAAAGGCUACGCCAUUGUGAUGGGCUUGUUUGCCUCAUCACUUAUCACCAACACAGGACACAGUCGAGUGUGGACGUCAGUGGACAGACUGUCUAAGAACAUCAAGAGUUCUCUCAAAAUGGCGGUGUACAAGAAAGCGUUAAGUGCCAGAAACGAGGGCAAGCGAGACAUUACCACCGGCGAGAUCGUUACCCUGGUCGCAGACGACUGUGAAAAGUUGGUGAAUGCCAGCAACAUCGUCUUUCUCAUUUUGGCCACCCCUGUUCAAGUGAGUGUGGCUCUGUACAUGCUCUAUCAACAAUUGGGAACGGGAGCUUUCGUCGGUUUAGCCAUCAUGUUGUCACUUAUUCCCCUCAACGCUUGGGUAGGCAAAAAGCUGAAGAAAUUUGAAAAGGAAAAGAGUGACAUCAAAGACAAAAGGAUCAAAAUCAUGAAUGAAGUUCUCAACGGCAUAAAGGUACUGAAACUGUACGCGUGGGAAAAGUCGUUUCUUAAGAAAGUGAUGAGCUCCAGGGAUCAAGAAGUGAGCUUGCAUAAGAAGAUGUGCUUAAUCCAUGCUGGUAUUGACUUUAUGUUCUGUACCAUCCCCUUCAUGGUGCGUGUUGGUGGCUUCAUGACCUUUGUCUGCCUUGGAGGCUACCUCGAUCCUUCCACAGCUUUUGUGACCACGUCUUUGUUUGCAAUCUUAAACAAACCUUUCAGCAUCAUGGCCAUCAUUAUACCAGAGUUUGUUCAAGCAUCAGAUGCUCUGGCAAAACUGAACAAGUUUCUGAACCUUGAAGACAUUCCAGAAGAUAUUGUCAAGAAAACCAGUGUUUGUGAAGAGUCAAUUACGAUCAAAGAUGGUGUGUUCACCUGGGACAGAUCUAGCUCAAAGAACUGCAUUGAGAACAUAAACGUGAGCAUUCCAACAGGCCAGCUUGUCGCCAUCGUAGGAAUGGUAGGAUCAGGAAAAUCUUCACUUCUUUCAGCUAUGCUUGGAGAAAUGGAAAAAGUGGAGGGAGACGUUACUGUGACUGACUCAACCGCCUACGUUCCCCAAGAGGCUUGGAUUCUAAACACAUCUUUGAAAGAGAACGUUGUAUUUGGAUCCGGGUAUGAUACUAAAAAGUAUAACAAAGUCGUGGACGCCUGUGCUUUGAGAGAUGACUUCAAACUGAUGUCUUCGGGCGAUAAAACUUUAAUAGGAGAAAAAGGCAUCAACUUGUCCGGGGGACAGAAGCAGCGUGUGUCUCUAGCCCGGGCUGUGUACGCCGACGCGGGAAUUUACCUCCUGGACGACCCACUGAGCGCGGUGGACGCUCACGUCGGAAAACAUAUCUUUGAUCAAGUGAUCGGGCCUAGAGGCAUGCUGAAAGGCAAGACUCGUGUGCUGGUAACCCAUGGUGUGCACUGGUCUCCAGUGUUUGUUCACCUGAACGAAACCCUCAAUGGAACUGACUCCGUGAGGGCGUACGGCGUGGAGGAUCGAUUUAUCAGCAAGAUGGAGGACAAACUAGAGAACCUGAUGAAGUUUGAAAUGUCAGAGCACUGGUUCCAUGCCUGGUUCCGCAUGCGCAUGACCGUUCUGUGUUCUGCAGUCACCCUCAUUUCUGGUCUGCUGUUGUUAUGGGAUACCAGCAUUAGUCCCGGUAGGGCCGGCGUGGUGUUGAUGUAUGCCACCAAUUUCAUGCACUGCCUUGGCUGGGUCAUGCAUCAUUCCUGCCACACGGAGACAGAACUCAUCUCUUUAGAGCGCGUAGUCGAUUACUCUAACAAACCAACGGAAGCGUCGUGGAAGACAGAGGAGGAGAACAAAGCUGAACUUUCUCUCUCCACCCAGUGGCCAGAGAGCGGAGAUCUUGUUUUGGACAACUACCAAACUAGGUACAGGGAGGGUCUGGAUUUGGUGCUGAAAGGUGUGACGUGUCACAUCAAAAGUGGGGAAAAGGUCGGUAUCGUGGGACGCACGGGUGCCGGGAAGUCCUCGCUCACAGUCUCUGUAUUCCGCCUUGUGGAAGCAGCUGCAGGAAAGAUAACUCUGGACGGCCAACACAUCGCCCCUGUCGGGCUGCACGACCUGAGAAGCAAACUUUCCAUUCUCCCUCAAGAUCCAGUGAUUUUUGGAGGCUCUCUCAGAAUGAAUCUCGACCCGUUCGGAGAGAAGACAUCUGAGGAGCUGUGGGAAGCUUUGAAGCAUUCCCACCUGAAGACAUUUGUAGAAGGCCUGCCAGAUCAGCUGGACCAUGAGUGCGGGGAGGGCGGAAAGAAUCUCAGUAUGGGUCAGCGCCAGUUAGUGUGUCUGGCCCGUACGUUGUUGAGGCAGAGUCCAGUCCUGGUGUUGGACGAAGCCACAGCCGGGGUGGAUAUGGAGACGGAUGAGCUCAUCCAGAAUACUAUCAGGUCCGAGUUCCGCUCAUGCACUGUGCUGACCAUUGCCCACAGACUCAACACGGUCAUGGACUAUGACCGCAUCAUGGUGCUGGAUCAGGGCAAGAUCAAAGAGUUUGACGCGCCGCAAAAACUUUUGGCAGACCAAACGUCGGCUUUCUACAGCAUGGCUAAAGACGCCAAUCUAGUCUAGUUCAUUAUCAUUUUAUUACCAGUCAAUCCGUCCACACACAGAAGCGAGAACUGACUUUGACUACUAUUGUUUGUGUGGACAUUUUUAUAUUGUCCACAGUAGUUCAUACUUCUGUACUAUUAUUGAUUAUUAGCGUUGGUAUUAAAAACUGUUAAUCAGUCUUUCUUGAAAACCUUGAUUUGUUGUAACAUACGUUCAACAUUUACGUGCUUUGUGAAUUUGUACAAUCUUUGUUUGUGUUCAUGAAAUAGACAUUUAGCAUUAUUUAUAUUUAGUUUUUGAAUUGCCAGUUUAUUCAUCGCAACUAAUCGAGUACCAGUAUAAUUUUAUUGUUGUGGGUCAUCAGAAGUGUCGAUGUCCUGAUAAAAUUCAUUUAUUUUGUUUGUGCAAAAGAACUAGUCAAGCUCAAAACAUGAGCAUCAACAGUAUUUACAUUGGUAGCCAUUUGUAUGUUUUUUGGAGAGAAUGAGAAUGUAUUUAUAUGAGUGUGUGUUUCUGUGUGUUUGGGUGGGAAAGAGGGGGGGGGCGAGAGAGCAAGAGAAAGACAGGGUUAAAGAAGAGACUUAAGAGAAAAUGAAAAAGAACAAAAGUAGAUGUGUUUCGACAGAAGCAACAAAUGGUAUUGGAAACAGAUUUGCCAACUUUUGAAAUAAAACACGUAAAACUACAA